AAUACGGCAGCCUUAAAAUUGACAAAUCAGUUUACAUAUGCAUUUAUGCAUUAUACAUAUUUAUACACACUUGACAUCUGUUCUUAUCAGAAAUAACAUUCACCGAAGAGGGAAAAUUAUUUACAGAUUCGUAAAUUGGCGGAAGGAAGUUGUGAAAUGUUAGCGCAAAGUAGGAUGUUCGCAUAAAGUGUACCAAUAGGUGGAAAUUAUUAACAACAAGUUAAUAAGUUUAGUCACAAUAGUUGUGGUGCUAAAAUGCAAAGUUAACUGCAAUUUGUUGAUUUAUCAAAUGUUGAUUUGUUGGGUCAUACAGCCCGUAAGUUGUUAGUGAGCUUUACUGGUUUGGCAAUAGAUUACAUAUAUUUGAACAAGGUUUAACCACCCCAAAUAAGUCGAAAGGAGUGACUCCCUCCGACCUUCAGAAGAAAAUUUACUUUCAGAAGAGUUAAUAAUCAAAAUAUAUAAAAUUCAAAAUAAUUCAGCGACGCAUGUGUAUCGUGUUCCUAAGACAUUGUUUUGUAUCUAAAGCAAUAAAAAGCGCAGAAAAAUUAAAAUGGGUGACCGUGAACAACAAAGUUGUAAUUCUGGUGGUCAAUUUAUGGAUCGGGGACGCAUGAAUCAAAAUGGUGUUGUGCAACCUCUUUUAACAGAUUUAUACCAGAUAACUAUGGCUUAUGCUUAUUGGAAGUCAGGCAAAACUGUCGACCACGCUGUGUUUGACUUGUUUUUCCGCACAAAUCCGUUUCACGGGGAAUUCACUAUAUUUGCUGGAUUGGAGGAAUGUCUCAAGUUUUUGGACAGUUUUCAUUAUUCCGAUAGCGAUAUUGAAUACCUCCGACAGACACUACCCGAAGGUGUAGAAAAUGAGUUUUUUAACUACUUGGCCAGUUUGACAGCAAAAGAUGUUACUUUAUAUGCCAUUGACGAGGGUACAGUAGCUUUUCCAAGGGUCCCCAUUAUCAAAGUUGAAGGCCCCUUGAUAAUUGUGCAGCUACUGGAGACAACAUUAUUAACACUGGUAAAUUAUGCGAGUUUAAUGGCUACGAAUGCGGCACGUUAUCGCAUGGUGGCUGGAAAGCAUGUAAAGCUGUUGGAAUUUGGCUUGCGACGCGCUCAAGGGCCCGAUGGCGGGCUAUCGGCUUCAAAAUAUUCCUACACAGGUGGUUUCGAUGGCACUUCCAAUGUACUGGCAGGAAAGCUUUUCAACAUACCUGUUAAGGGUACUCAUGCUCAUGCUUACAUAACUUCAUUUUCCGGUAUUGGCGAGUUAAAGACGCGUUUGUUAAGGCACAAGACAACAGGUAUUACCGGUGAUCUGCUGGAUCAUGCAGUGCGACAUCGCCAGGCGUUGGCACAUGUACUCGAUGUAUCACAAGAGGAGUCAAGCGAAGGCGAGCUGGCGGCAAUGGUGUCCUACGCAAUAGCAUUUCCAGAUGGAUUCAUGGCGCUUGUCGAUACGUAUGAUGUUAAGAGCAAAGUUCAAACUUCAAAAUCAAAUAAAGACAACAGUACAACAGAUAACAAAAUUCAAACCGACUUAUCACAAUUAAACGGGCACAAUCUUCCGGAGGCGGCUAAUAAACAUGUCACCUAUAAUAACCUUCAAGCUGCUACUAUUAACGGCGGAGCAUAUGUUGGUGAUUUAGUGGAGCAUAAUUCAACUAAGUCAAGUUCGCUUUUGAAUUCAACCAGUAAAUCUAACAUGAUUAUCCGAAACAAAAUUUCUGUACAAUCGCCGAAUGAUCUCAAAAAUCCUAAGUCUAAUCAGACUAUAUCCUCAUCUACUCCAAGCGCGUAUCUGCCAAAAAGUGUCGAGAAGUCAUUCAGAAGCGGGCUUCUGAAUUUCUGUGCUGUCGCCUUGGGACUCAACGAUUUGGGUUAUCAUGCGGUUGGUAUCCGUAUUGAUUCCGGGGAUUUGGCGUAUUUAUCUUGUUUGGCGCGCGAAACAUUCGAAAAGGUAGCUGAAUGUUUCAAGGUGCCAUGGUUCAAUAAAUUGACAAUUGUAGCAUCGAAUGACAUUAAUGAAGACACUAUUCUCAGUUUGAAUGAACAGGGCCAUAAAAUUGAUUGCUUCGGUAUCGGUACUCAUCUGGUAACUUGUCAACGACAGCCAGCCCUCGGUUGUGUUUAUAAACUGGUGGAAAUAAAUGGACAGCCGCGUAUUAAAUUGAGUCAAGAUGUCGAGAAGGUCACUAUGCCAGGGCAUAAAAACGCAUUCAGAUUAUAUAGCGCCGACGGUCAUGCUUUGAUUGAUUUGCUGCAGAAAGUUACGGAACCACCACCGAGUGUUGGUCAGAAAGUCUUAUGCCGCCAUCCGUUCCAAGAAUCAAAGCGGGCCUAUGUGAUUCCCACACAUGUUGAGUUAUUGUACAAAAUCUAUUGGAAGGAUGGUAAAAUUGUGCAACAGCUGCCGACCUUGGAACAAGUUCGCGAAAAAGUGCAGAUUUCUCUUAAGACCUUGCGGAAUGAUCACAAACGCACACUCAAUCCAACACCCUACAAGGUAGCUGUGAGCGAUAAUUUGUAUAAUUUCAUUCACGAUUUGUGGUUGCAAAACGCACCGAUCGGGGAACUUUCAUGAUCUAUAUAAUACCCUGGCUUAGUCUUGGCGCAAAUCGUACGAGCCUAUUGUGAGGAGAGUUUUUGAAACUUGAUUGAAUAACAAAUUUGAAAGUGUUUUAGGUCUAUGAUGCAUACUUGAUUGGUUACGUACGACAUACCUACAUAUGUAGAGUAGACUUAAGAUUAAAGUGACUUAGUUUCAGCAAAUUUAAUGGCCACUACCACUUGCACUAACAUUGACUAGAGUUGUUCUUUUCAUUAAACACGUUGCAGAUAAUUAUUCAAACGAAGAUAAAGUAUCACGUUUAUCAGAAUUAAUAUUGCAUGCAUAUAUGUAUGUACAUAUCGUCCCCUUAGUAUUAAAAUAGCCUAUAAAUUUUUUGAUGUUUUGAGAAAAUGAAUUUCAAACUUUUUGUCGAAAGUAGCUCUCACUCAAAUCUCGUUAUGUCUGUAAAUAUUUAUUAUUUUUGACUGACGUUUUGACCCACUUUGUGGAACUAGAAUUUGACCAAAUUUUGACCACAUAUAAAAUCGACGAUGGAGAAUCCAAAAAUUCAAUAAAAAAAUAAUGGCCUAUGAGCACAUAGGCUAUUGUUAUACUAAGGGGACGAUAUAUUAGAUUGGUAAAGUUAAACAUGCAUACAUAGAUUUAUAAAUACACGAUGUAUGUACGUAAAUCAUGAAGAUUUCAUAAUUAAUAUAACAAAAUUUCAGCACAACUUUUCAGGAAUGCGUCUUGUGCCUUAAUGUACACAGACUCCAUUGUAUAUACAUAUAAAUAUAUGUGAUUUAUAAGUAUAAUUGUUGCAUAUGCAAGUAGGCAUGUUUUGUAGGUAUGUAUGUGAGCUUUUAAAAAUAUUUGCGUUGCAAGUAUAAAUAUGUAGUUUAAAAUAGCAGUUGUACUACUCGUACACUCGUAAUUGUCAGUUAUUUCGGAGUUACAGCCGAUGCCAAAAGAAAGAAAAAUACAACUUAAAUGGAUUUGGAAAAAAAUAAUAUUUACUUUUGUCUUAAAAUUAAAAAGAAAAACCAGUGUAGUGUUUUAUUGCGCUUCAAGUGCAUUAUUAUAUGCUCAUUCCGAUUUAUAUAACAAAUCAUCCAGCUCUAGCUUCUGAAAGUCGGUAAUAUUUUACUAUCGAAAUUUUGGUGUCUUUUAUAAAUGCAUAAUUUAAUUUUACAGUUAAAUAUCCGUAGCUAUUUAAGUCAUGUUUUUGUUAAUAUUAAUUAUACAGGCAACAUAUUUUGUACAUUUUUAACAGUUUGAUGGAAUUUAAAUUUCAAAAGCUUAGGGACCACAAUAUUGGAAAAAUAAAAGCUUAAUUGUUCAACGAGA